GCGGUUUCUUUAUUAUAUGCUGUUUUUGUCAAGGAACCCCCUCGUUUUAAAAAAAUCUAGAAAAGAAAUUGUAAGAACAGAAGAGAAUUUGGUUUAGUCAGUAUUAGCAGGAGGAGUUCUUAAGCCUAUUUUGUACAAAUUCUGUUUAAAGAUUCAAACGGAACUGAAUCAGCCCGACGCACUGUGGUAGCAGAGUUGUAUUGGAAUUGUUGUUUCUAAAGGAACUGAAGCAAAGUGCUUAAGUCAAAGUUUCUAAAGUAACUGAAACUUGUUGUUGGUCUCUUAUAAUUGUGUUAAGAUUCUAAAGUAAUUGAAUCAACCCAAUGCAGUGUGGUGGCAGAGUUGUAUUAGAUCUGUUGUGUCUAAAAUUGUAAGUUUCUAACGUAAUUGAAACCGACUGUAAAGUUGUGAUAAUUCUGAUGAAAUUCUAAAGCAACUGAUUUGACCCGACGCAGUGUGGUCACAGAAUUAUUUCAUAACUGUUGUGUGUUAUAGUAUAGUGAGUCUGACGCACCGUAACUCUGUGAAGUUUAAAGCCCAAAAACAGUGUUAAUUUGCCCGAUGUACUGUGGCCAAGUAAACUGUUUUAAAAAUAUAACAUAAAACCCGAAGUAGUGUGGUUUUAUCCGACGUACUGUGACAGUGUUGCAUUUUUAAUGGUUUAAUGUAGUGAAGUGUAAUGCCCGACGGAGUGUGGCCAUUUGCGAAGAAGUGAAAAUUUUGGUUUAGAAGCCCGACGUAGUGUGGCUGUUUUAUUCAUUUGCGUCCAAACCACAGGAGCUGUGAAUAAUUUGACUGACAGGUAUCUUAGUAACUAGAUAAUGUUCAAUCAGUGAAGGAAAAUAAGCCUACUGAAUUGCUGAAGACAAUUUAAUAAGAUUGUGAAAAUGGAAGAGCUGAUAGUUAAAUACAUCGCUAAGCACAGCUCUGUAGGAAUGUUUGAUGGGAUAGAGAAUGCAGACGACCCCUACGAGGAAAAGUUGCUAAUGCACUUCAAGCUAUUUUUGCCUCAUACAAGGUAACUAAGAAAAGAUUAGAGGAAAUGAAAACUGAAAACAAGUUACUAAAUUCUCAAGUCAAUGACAAUGUCAUCUCAUUGAGAAAUUGCGAGGCUGAAGAGAUCAUUUUGAAGGAACAGAUAGUGAAAUUGAGAAAAGAAAUUUCAAAGUCCGAAACAGAGAGGGAAACAUUUAGAUGUUUGUAUGAAGGGACAGCUAGACAGUUGGUACAUGCCCAAUCCAAUUCUGAUUAUGAUGAGAAUGACUGCAAGGAAACCUUUAGUCAACGACAUAAUUCUUCAGAUGAUUCUGUAAGGUUCCCAGUAGCACCAGUGCGAACAAGACAGAAUAGAAAUGGAAAUGGAAAUGAGAGGAUUCUUGAUCAAAGAACUGAAAAUGGCCAAGCUGUUAGACAGCUGUCUUUUAUGGACUUUCAAAGUCUUGUUACAGCAGUGGGUACUUUUGACCCUGAUAACAUGGAUCCUGUAGAGUUCUUGUCAAAACUGGAGAAGGUAGUGGAUGUUUAUAGUGUGUCAGAUGAAGAUGCUUGUAGACUUCUCAUGAUCUGCAUCCCUCACUCAUUAACUAGUGUUCUCUCACAGGAGGUUCGUGAAAAAAGAGCAGACAGAGGGGCAAGGAAAGAAGCUCUGCUUAGACUUGCUGGGACUGAUUUGGUUAACUUGAGAAAGAUAACUGAGGUGACAAUGGAAAUUGGAGAGCAUCCUCUAGCAUUUGCGUCUAGGUUGUGGGAAAUGUUUAGCUGUUACAGUGGUUUGCCCAAUGCAACUAAACAAAAUCUCAUGUUUAAGUCUGCAUUAAUUGCACAAAGCAGUUCACACAUGCGAGAAGCCAUUGCUCUGCAUGUAGAUGUAAAUACACCAUACAAGCAAAUAAUUUCCAAAAUGACACAGCAUUUCAAUGCAAGAAGUCAAAUGAAAGCUGCAGAAUCUAGACAUCCAGUCGCUGCCUUUGGCAAGAGAAAAUGUUCUAGAUUAUCUAAUGCUUUCCAUCAGAGACCAGGGAGAUUUGAAAGAGUAAAUUCAGAAGGUGUUACUCUCUGUUAUGCAUGUGGAAAAGCUGGUCACAUUGCCAGGCAUUGUCAAGACAAUGAGAGACAUCAUCAAAGCUUUGUUUGUCAUGGAUGUGGAAAGGAUGGUCACAUAGCAAGGCAUUGUUUGGAGAAAGGUAGGAAAGAUCAGGAAGUUGUUUGUUUUGCUUGUGGAAGGAUGGGACACAAGGCAAGACAGUGUCACUUUUCACACAAAAGAAACAUGGGAUAUCGUGAUUUGCUUAAGAAGAUAGGCAGUUUAGAAACCCAGUUGGCACUGUUGAAAGGAAAUAAGGAAGAAGCCAUUCACACCUUGCCAGACACAGCACUGCAGGGACAACAUGACUGUAGUUCAGUCACAAGCAGAUGCUGAU